AUUUUUUACCUUGUCAGCUCGGGGAUUCAAUCCAGCAACAUUUCUACCCUUUCUAACCACUAGGCUAUCUGCCGCCUCUAUAACUCCAACCUAGCUAUGUAUUUGAGGUAUAUGGUUAUUUUAUGACUUGGGGUUGUUGGUUAUUGUUUUAAUAGACUUUACGUUACAUUACAGAAAGAAAGCACACUGCACCCAAAGGAAAUAUCUUAAGUUGACCGAUUGUGGGAAGUUCUAUAGUGACUACUGUUAGCUCAAGGGACGAAGCACUCUUUACCUCUCCUCUAGUCACCCGCUACUUUAAACUCCUUGAUGUGACCCUAGAGUCAUACAAUUUAAAGCUUAAACCCAGACAAAUCUAUAGCUGUAAAGUAUGUUGUCUCCAGAUGGGCAGAGGUCAAGCAGACGGGGCAAAUGUUCACUAAUGGCCUGCUACAACGCUGCUGCAGAUGCUAUACCAUCCAGCGUCUUCUUCAAAGUGUCAGACCAAAUGUCUAACCUCAACUUAUUUGAUUCAGCUUACCCUGAUGAAGUGUUCCACUACUCAUCUGAAACUGGGGAUUUGGACAAAACAUUUUUCAAAGGGUGGUAUCAUUUAUUUAUUUUUUCCCCGUGAAGGACUGUCCGCUUGUGCUGUUUGUCAAAGGAGAAACAGAUCUACUGGACUCUGAUAUUAUCAAUGAAGCAGGCAGUGAUGGUGUGAUAUUGUUCAGUAUCUACCUGCCACCAGACUUUCCCCCUGUCCUGCAGCCACUAACCAUGGAGUUCUUUGGGCUCUUCAAGGCUGAGUUUUUCAGGCAUGCUUGUGACAUCCCCCCUUCUUAUAGGGACUUUGCCAGGUGCCACAGUGUUGAAGCAGACAUAGGAUGCUUUUGAAACUGAGAGGACUGUGAAUGAUGGGUUCAGGAGGACAGGUAUCUUUCUAUUUGACCACCAUGUCAUGGCUAGGUCCGUAUGGUGUGGGAGGGAAAGAUGAGGCCCGAGGUCGGUUCUGCUGGACCCUGUGAUGAUGGGCCAAAGGAAAAACGACCCGAACUUGUGACAGACAGUACUUAUGACAAUAAGAAGGCAUUAAAGGCAAGUUCUCUAUAAUAAUUACUUUGAGUCUCGGAAUAUCCCGUGAUUAAUUUACACAAAAUGAAUAUAACAUCAUGUCACCAUUGUAUUGGUACAUGUUGAUCUUAUGAUUUACAGGUGGAAUCUGACGCCAGACCGGUGCUGCCUUGGUCGUUUCUGCCAGUUUCUCUGCCAUCAGAGCUUGGUGGAUGAGUCUGGUGACAGCUCAGACGACGAGCCAUUGGUUAAGAUGAUCAGGAAGCCUCCAACAGACUGCCAGCUGAGCGAGAGAGUGAAGACACUGCUGAAAUACACAGACCUGGCGGAUGUGACAAUGAAGCAAAUCUACAAUAGAGUGUUUGAGAUGUGCCCCCGGUAUGACCUGUCUAACAAGAAGGACAUCAUCAAGCAGACAGUGAAAGAGGGGAUUUCUUUACAACCCAGGGUUUUAAUCAAGCCAUUGUAGCGAUGGGUAACGAUGCUUCGUGGGUGACUGUUGUUGAUGUGUGCAGAGGGUCCCUGGUUCGCGCCCGGGUCGGGGCGAGGGGACGGUCUAAAGUUAUACUGUUACACCAUAUUCAUAGCUUUGACAGAUAACAUUAUAAUCAAUGAUCUCAGGAAAACAUAGUUGAUAUCGUGACAAAGACUCUGGGAUUCCUGUAUAUGCCUUUCCUGGACCUUUCAUUGAUAUUUUUUACAUACAUGUUCAGACUGUUUAAAUACUAUACAAUUUCAUACAAUUUAUUUGUUUUACUUGCCUAAGUUUUGUAAAUAAAGUAUUUAUUGUACUGUA